UGAGAAGUGUGCAGCAGAGAGGGAAAUAACCAGAGAGAGAGAGGCCCAAGUGCAUCUUCAUGCUUGAGCAAAAAGGGGAAACUUUUUUCUGGUUCAUCUUUGGGGUUAUCGUGCAAUUACUUUGCUGCAGAUUUCUUCUUUCUCUUGAUAGUGUUUGGACAUCUCCACUGCUGUGUGAGUGCCAUGCCUUCUUACACGGUGACUGUCGCCACAGGCAACCAGUGGUUCGCCGGGACAGACGACUACAUCUAUAUAACCCUGGUGGGCACAGAGCAAUGCAGCGAGAGAACACUGCUGGACAAACCUCUGUACAAUGACUUUGAGAGGGGGGCGGUGGACUCAUAUGAAGUGAAUGUGGGGGAGAACCUGGGUGAUAUUGUGUUGGUGAAGAUUGAGAAGAAGAAGUACUGGGUGCAUGAUGACUGGUACUGCAGAUACAUCACAGUCAAGAGCCCGAGUGGAGACCACCUAGAGUUCCCCUGCUUCCGCUGGCUGGUGGAUGACAAGGAGGUGGUGCUCCGAGAUGGACAAGCACGUCUGCCUCAGGAUGAUAAGACCAGACUGGCCAAGCAGCACAGGCAGAAAGAGCUGGAAACGAGACGAAAAACUUACAGAUGGAAAGAAUGGCAACCAGGCUUCCCUAUGAGCAUAGACGCUAACAGACACAAGGAUUUGCCUCGGGACAUCCAGUUUGACAGUGAGAAAGGAGUGGACUUCGUACUGAACUACAGUAAGGCAAUAGAGAACCUGUUUGUGAACCAGUUCAUGCACAUGUUCCAGUCCUCCUGGAGUGACUUUGGUGAUUUUGAGACGAUCUUUGUGAGAAUCAAAAACACAAUUUCAGAGUAUGUGAUGCAGCACUGGAGGGAGGACUUCAUGUUUGGUUACCAGUUUCUGAACGGCUGCAACCCAGUCGUGAUCCGGAAAUGCACCAAACUUCCAGACAAGUUCCCUGUCACUCACGAGAUGGUUGCUGUCUGCCUGGAGAGAGAGAUGACUCUGGAGCAGGAAAUAGAGGCAGGUAACAUCUACAUAACAGACUACGAGGUUUUAGAUGGCAUCUGUCCUAACUGUACGGACCCGUGCACCCUGCAGUACCUGGCGGCUCCGAUCUGUCUUCUCUACAAGAACGCUCAGAACAAGAUCCUGCCUAUGGCCAUACAGCUGGGCCAGACUCCAGGGGAGGACAACCCCAUCUUCUUGCCCACUGAUGGUCAGUAUGACUGGCUCCUGGCUAAAAUCUGGGUCCGCUCGGCCGACUUCCAGGUCCACCAGACGGUCACACAUCUGCUCAGGACGCAUCUGAUGACCGAGGUCUUUGGUAUUGCCAUGUUCAGGCAGCUUCCUGCGGUCCACCCUGUGUAUAAGCUGCUUAUCCCACACGUUCGUUUCACCAUCGCUAUCAACACCAAGGCCAGAGAGCAGCUCAUCUGUGAGUGUGGCAUCUUCGACAAGGCCAAUGCAACGGGAGGCGGCGGUCAUGUCCAGCUGGUUCAGAAGGCCAUGAUGAAUCUGAACUUCAGAUCUCUGUGCUUCCCUGAUGCCAUUAAGGCCCGUGGUGUGGACAACAAGGAGGAGCUGCCCACCUACUUCUACAGAGAUGAUGGCUACAUGGUGUGGGAGGCUACCAAGAGUUUUGUGUCUGAUGUGGUGCACAUCUACUACAGCAGUGAUGAGAGGGUACAGGGAGAUGCAGAGAUCCAGGGCUUUGUCAAAGAUGCGUGCAGCUUCGGUAUGCAGGACUUCGAUCACUGCGAGUUCCCCAAGUCUUUGAAAUCACGCGAGGAGCUCAUAGAGUACCUGACUGUCGUCAUCUUCACUGCCUCAGCCCAGCAUGCAGCUGUCAACUUUGGACAGUAUGACUGGUGCUCCUGGAUCCCCAAUGCUCCAUCAACCAUGCGGAGGCCCCCUCCCACGCGGAAAGGUCUGGCAGAUGUGCAGCUGAUCAUCGAGAGCCUCCCUGACCGUGGGCGCUCCAGCUGGCACCUGGGGGCCGUCUGGGCCCUCAGCCAGUACCAGGAGAACGAGCUGUACCUGGGCAUGUACCCUGAUGAGCACUUUAUAGAGAAACCAGUGAAGGAGGCCAUGGAGAAGUUCAGGAAGCGGCUGAGAGAGAUAACCAGCAUCAUCAAGAGGAGGAACGAGGGGAAGAAGCUGCCCUACUACAACAUGUCCCCUGACAAGAUCCCCAAUAGUGUGGCUGUUUGAGGAA